AAGUACCACAACACAAGGAGCACGUAUUUAUUGUUUGUAGCAGAUCGUGGUGUCUCUAAUAUGUAGAAUAACCAACUAGUGUAAAACCUUACAUUUCCGAACAUAUAGUGUUCGAAAUCAUUGUUGGAAAUUGUCGAAAUCGAGCGUAUUUUUAAUUUACACCUAUAAAAGGGGCAAGGAUUUGGCAUGGCCACUAUGACACUUCGAGUAACUGGGAAACGGCGCAAUACAUCAGGACAACGAGGCGAAGGGAAGCAGUUCGAGUCGGUGGACGUCAAAGCUGACUUCAUUUUAGAAGCAGAGUCAAUUGAAGGUGAUGAAGGCAAAAUUUUUACUGAAGAAAUUAAGAAAUUAGAAGAAAGUAGUUGUGUAGAAGACCAAGUUCAAAUACUGAAAAAGAUAUGUGAUAAAUACUUGAAGAAAGAAUGGAAACAAGACAAAAUAACAUUGCUGCUUGUGAAAUUACUCUCUUACAUAUAUCUGCGCGCAGAACCGAAGAAUCCCAUGAAAAAUGCCACUUUGAGGGCACUGCAGGGCAUACCCGAUGGCAUCCACCUGCACUUCCUAUCGUCCGGCCUGCGCGAUACCCUGCAGGCGGAGCUCGAAAGCCCAGUGCAGGUGGGUCGACUCGCCGCCUGUCUGCUGGCUGCCCUGGAGAACUUCCCGUCUGCCGUCGAGGGCCGCACACUCGCCACCACUGCCGCUUUCCUCGCCACUGCACUGCACCUCUGUGUCACCGAAUUAGGAAAGGACCUGUCACCUGCCACUUUGAGCGAGGUGUUUGGCUAUGCACACCUGUGCACGCGGUGUACCAUCGCCCUCCUGCAGGGCUGGCAGGUGCCACUGAAGGACUGGGGAGAACGGGACUGCAAGGAUUCUGCAAACGACCACCCGGGUGGGCAAGUGUCCGAUAUCCAGACUGAGGAUGAUCACAGUGAUGAUGGCUUCGGACGUGCAGAAAGUGUCCUGCCCACCAUAAAGGCAAGCAUUACGAGUUUGCUGGAGUGUGAAGAGACCCCUAUGGACACAAAGUCAAACUGCGGCCUCGUGCUGGUGCUUCUGGGGACGGUGCUGGGCGACGAGAAUAGCUGGGCCCAGUACCUGGAGCAGGUGGAGAGUGGUGGCGGUGGUGGUGGCGUGGCCGGGCUGAGCAUCGUGGCUGGCCUCCUCAGCAGCCUCCCGGCACCCCAGCUGCUGCAACCGGCACCCACCGUCCCUGAUGGUCCGCGUGUCAUCGUCAGAAUUUAUGAGGCUAUCCUGGACACCAUUAACAGAGCCCCUUCGGACUCCGCAGUGGUGCUGGCGGGGGCUCGCACUGUGCAGCUCCUGUGCCGGCAGCUGCGGCAGCACGCCGACGCGGCACCCGAUGCGGUCACACAGGCCCUGGCAGGCCUGGUCCCGGGGGAGCCGGCGGGGCCGGACAGACCCCUGCCUCUUCUGGAUUUCCUCUGGACGCACCUGGAGCACUGUGCAGACAGCGUGCGCCACGCCGCACGCCUCGCCCUCCACAGCCUCGUACAGGCAGCUGCCACUGCACCAGAGAUGCCUACCGUGCUGGAGAGGGUGAGACGGGCAGUGCUGGAGACGCCCGCGGACCGCAAGAGCCGCUACCUCGCGCUGGCCGCUGUCUGCGCGGAGUCUGGCUGCCUGCCACUGCUGGCUGCGGCCCCCACCCUGCCGGAAGACCUGCUGGCUGCACUCCAGGACAGGACGCUCGCACCACACGUGAUAUCGGCAUACGAGGCACUGAUGCUGAAGCAUUGGGAGGAGAGCCGCGGCUGUGGAGAGGAGGCAGAACAGGUGUGGGCGCGCACGUGGGUGCGUCCGCUGCUGCCGUCGCUCGAGGUGCCCGACGGAGCGGCAGCCGGCGCAGAGCGGUUGGUGGCGGCGGCAGCGCGAGCCUGCCCGGCGGCCUUCACCGCCAUCGGUGGAGGUGCGGGCGGCGCAGAGGCCGGUGGAAGUGCCCGGGCGGUGCUGGCGUGGCUGCGCGUGGCGCACCGGCAAGGUGCACUGGAUGCGCGGCUGCGUGAGGGUGCCGGCCGUCCAGGUCUCUGGAAGGGCGUACUGUCCUACGGAGCCCUCGAGGAUGCAUUGCUGCACGAGAAUGAGGAGAUGAGGAUGUCGGCUCUCUCUCUGCUAGUCGAGGGCCACAGGUCAACGGAGCCAUUCUCGCCUGCGGAGCUGCAGCUGGUUCGGACCUUCCUACGGCACAACGUGAACGUGCAGGAGCCGUCUGCGCGCCAGCGGGGUCUCGCCCUCAUCAAAAAGCUGUUGGAGCGACUGAGGGACUCCUGGCAGUCUUUGGAGCGCCAGGUGAAGGCAGCUGAGAAGUCCGGCGAGGGGGCAGUGGAGGCAGAGAAGGCUCUGGCGACUGCCUCACUCUUCCUCCAGUGGCUUGUCGAGUUCAGCUUCUCCAGCAUCUUUCCGGGAGCUAACUUCAGCCGGCGGGGCUCCGCUCUUCAGAUCCUGACACUGUGCACCGAGAUAAUGGGUGAGAGGACCCCGGCAGACAUGUGGCUGCCCUGCAACGGCGUGACGUUGCUGGAGUGCCUCAAGGACACGUACGAGAACAAUAAGCUGCUGGCGCACCGCCUCAUCACCAAGUACCCGCCGCAGGCACUGCAGCUGGAGGAUGAGACGCAGUGCCUCACGCUGCUGCGGGCAGGGCUCACCCUCUGCGAGAGCUCUCGUCCCCCAGACUCGGUGACGGCCGCCUACCUGCUGGCGACCCUCGCCAGGUUCACGACGCGCCCGUCUGCCGUGCGGAGGGCGGUGGACUUGGAGUCUGGGUCGGAGAGCCCGCUACCCCUGGACCGUGACUCUACAUAUGAAGACAUGAUUCUGGCCAUAGUGAAAUUGCUGCAGGACCGCCUGAUAGAUUUGGUUAAUGCCGCCAACAGAAACUUGUUGGAAGCUUCUGCGACCCACCCUAUGUACGGGCCACUGUUCUGCAUACGGCACCUCCUGCAGGGUGUCGACUUCAGGAAAGUGAGCAGUGAUCCAGACUGGCAGGAGUUUAUGCAAUACAUGAUUGAGCUCGCCUUUGAGGCCUGCAAGGCUGUGGAAGAAGUGGUGAACAGUUCAUCACCUGAGGGACACCUACCCAUGGAUUUCACACCAGCCGAAGACCUGCUGCGGCGGCUGCAGCAGCAGAGUGCCGAACAGGAUUCCCCUGUGACUUUCCGGAACGUCAACUGCUCGGCCCAGAUGUUGCUGCUCUGCUCGUGGCGCACUGUUAAGGAGGUCUCGUUGCUGCUUGGGGACAUCGCCGAGAGAGCGCCCGUGGCCUCAGGGUGAGGCGGGCUCGUGAAGGAAGCACAGCUGCUGGCGAUCGGCGCACACCUGACGAAGCUGCUCUCCGAGACGAAGCACCGCGGCGCGUUCGAGCAGGCAUACGUCGGCUUCAGCAGUCUGUGCCGGCGGCUGUGGAGUGGCGAGCCACGCAGUGAGGGCGGGGACGGGCUGCACCGGUUGCCGCCACAGUGGCUGCGGCAGCUGCUCACCGACGUCCGCGAGGGGGCAGGCGACGCCACGCGCCGCAGUGCUGGGCUGCCCUUCAUGGUGCAGGCGCUGGUCAGCACGGAGGCGCAGGCACGCGGCUGCGGUGCCCGCAGCUUCCAGGACUCGAUGGACAUCCUGCUGGGACUUGCACUGGAUGACGGCUCUGUCCCGGAGGCGCGGACACACGCUCUCAACAUCCUGCGGGCGCUGUUCCGCAACUCGCAGCUCGGGGAGCUGGUCACGCCGCACGUCACGUCGGGCUUCGAGGCAGCCCUCGGUGCCUUCCACAGCGGUGACUGGGCUGUGCGCAACUCGGGGACGCUGCUGUUCGCCGCCCUGAUGACGAGGGUGUUCGGGGUGCAGCGCACGAGGGGCUGUGGCCGCCGGCCGAGUGCGCGCAACCGAAUGACGGGCCGCGUGUUCUUCCAGCGCUUCCCCAGGCUGUACGACGUGCUGCUGCGCGAGGCGGACCGCCCGGGUCGCGACGCCUUCUGCCUCUCCCUGGAGGCGGCCCGAGGCCCGGGGGCUGCCAGCAAGGGGCGGCGGCAGGGCUGCGGGGCGGAGACCCCCGCACUGCUGCUGCUGCUCGCCCGCCUCUACCCGUCCUCACUGGAGGGCACCGACUCCAACCUGCAGCUUUCUGCAUAUGUUCCGUUUGUGCUGGACUGCGCACGCAGCUCAGUGUACAAGACACGCGUGCUGGCCGCUCAGGCCCUCGUUCCACUAAUCACGCCGGAUGUGUUCGAGGACACUCUAGACCGACUGUUCGUCGAGCUGCGAGAUAUGCCGGAGGAUGAACUCAACUACCGGCACGGUGUGCUGCUGCAGCUCGCCUACCUUGUCUCGGCGACUCCUGCAGAGAUGGCAUCCGAGGACGGCUUUGCCGGCCGGCUGACAAGUCGGCUGCGCUCCACGGAGCCAACACGUGCGCCUUGUCUCUGCCCGACCGCCGACUCGGCGCGCCUCUCCCUUCUGCAGGCCGCAGUGUCCCGGGUCAGCACAAGUGUCGACGCAUGUUUCCGCUCGGAUCUGCGCCGAGAGCUGUCUGCUGCACUGGGACUCGAACGCGACCGCGAGGAGCGUGUGGAUGGGAGUGGGCGGGACGACGAGGAUCUGCCCUCUUGGUCGCCAGGUGUGCCACAGUACGAGAAGGCAGCCACCAGUCUACUGCUGUACCUCUCCGUGCUGGACAGCAGUGACAUCCAGAUGACUCUUCUCCGGCUGCUCAACCACCCCUCGUACGAUGUGAUCGAAGUCACUCUGAAUUUCCUGCUACGGAAUGUAUUCGAAGACUACCUUUACGAAGUGGAAAAUGAGGAAGAACUGGAGUUUGAAAUUGUCCCUGUGAAGCUGUCAGCCCACGAGGUCCGUGGCUGGCCAGCAGUUGCCACCCGCAUCUCGGAGCUUGCGGGUAUCCCGGCAGGCCGUGGGAGGGCGACGCGGCGGAGGGCGCGGGAGUCGCCAGAUGAGACGCGUGCUGCAGCACUGCUGGUGCUACGGCACCUCCCACCUGCCCCCACUAGUCGUCACGCCCUCGCUGCUACCAUCACGCUGCUCGAUGUCGCGCGCGUGGACCAUUUUGCCACGGGACGGGCCGCGCUUGCGGCUGCCAUGGCAACUUAUUCGGGGUUGGUGGCUGCUGCAGUGCAGGUGCCAUCAAAUGUAACAAGAGGAUUAUGCUCGUUGCUGAUGAAGUACUCCAUUGGUAGUCAGCGACUAGAGAACAGGAGGACUGCUGCGUACCUGCUGUACAAAUACCGUGGUCUGCUCAUCUUCCCAGAACAGAAUCGUAGGCUUCCGUCAUCAGCAACGUGCAGUGUGUGGACGGCCACGAUGCAGCUCGUGGACGACGACGACGCAGAUGUGCGGCGGCAGGUGUCGGCACUGGUGCCCGGGCGGCGCACGCCGGUGGUGGCGCACUGGGCACGCGAGGCGCUGAUGGAGUGGAUCGUGCAGAGUGGAAUCCUGGAACCGCACCACCUGGGUGCACUGCUCUGCGCCUGGGCACUCGGCUCCUCCACCGAGAUUGUCCGCGACGUCCCCGACGAGGAAGGCAUUUUCGAACAGAGCGAAUCGAACGAGUUCCGCGAGGGCGCGGCACUGUGUGAGCUGGCGUGCUCUCACCUGCGCGUCGUAGCAGACCGCACUGGCCGUGAGCUGCUGCUGCGCAAGCAGGACCCCUGCAUGCGGGGCUGGCUGGCCAAGUGGUGGUUCCUGCCCGAAGGCAUUUUCAGCACACUUUACGAGUUUUUGGGCCUCGUGAUCAAGCCGCCACCAGCUCCAUUUGAGAAUGAGGAGGUCCAGCCUCCUACUGUGUGCGACCACUUUGUGGCUCCUCCGGGCACCGCUAAAGUAUACCUCACCAAGUACCGUGCCCGCUGCGUGCGUGAAGUGCUUGCAGACCUCCUGGGGGAGACACCACAGGUCUAGGGUGGCUUUGGCGGCAUGGCGACUGUGAGAGGAUUAUUAGAUAAAAAUAAAGUGAACAUAUAACUGCAAAUAUGUCAUUCUGUGUGAGUAUGCAUGUGCAAAGGUAAAGCAGAAAAGCUGUUUGAAAACUGAAAUAAUUAGCUGUCUUCAUUUUGGUACAGCGAGCUUUUUUUUUUGUGAAAUCAAAUGUUUCCAAAUGGCUUCUAACAAUAGCUGUGUACUGUUUAUUCCGUAUGUGGGAAAAAAAAUCGAUAUGUGGUACACAAAUAAUUGUUUAACUCGAUUUUUGUGACAUGUAAUGCUGAGUGAGGACAUUAUGCAGAACACUGAUACAGUACUGUGUGCUUUACAUCCUGUUUUUCUCCCUCUUUUCAUUCUGAAGUUUUUUCCCUGUUUGUGAAACUGCUGCAGAAUGCUUGCUGAACCAACUACCAUUUUGUAAGUAGUUCAGUCAAAAGCGGUUUCUUUGUCUUUGAGAAAAUGUAAACUGUAGCUUUUUUCUUGUCAGAAAUGUUUCAAUACGUUACUUUUACUGUUUUCCUUGCCAUGCUGUAACCAUCAGAAAAGCACAUGUUGUCGGUCGGAUUCAGCAGAAUGUUUGCACAGACCGACCACUCGCAGCGUUUUGUACUUGACUACAUGUGAAGUGCCACACCUCAAGUCUACUUCACAUCAUCAUUGAGAAAUGUGUGGUGCAACUUCUGAUCCUCUAGAAUGUGUGCAGGUGUUAAGUUGUUGCAUGUUGUGUAGUUAAUCGUGUAGUUGUUUGUCUUAUAACAUUUUACAAAUGUUUUACAAUGUAGUUUAAUCAUAGUUGUACAACAUUUGUUCCACCCACCACUGCCAAAUGUAAAUGAGGCCAAAACUUUUUUACGGAUUGUACGUAUAAUUUGUAUUGUUUAUUCUGAAUGCUAUGUGUAAACUUUGUUGCUCAAACAUUUACUUAUUUAAAUGUGGUAAAUCUUUAGAACUGCAUCUGUGAUUUAAUGUAUCAUUUGUAAUUUUAUUGUAUUUGAUUUGCCCAUAUUAUGUAUAUGUAUCAAUAAAUUAUAAGACAGAGUGGCUGGCUGACAGUUACUUCCAGCAGUACUGCUGACAAACAUGUAUGAACUGUCACCAGUAGCCUAGCUAUCAGAACUAGUAGUUCCUUCCCCUCAGGAAGCAGAGAGGGAUAAGACGGGGAAGGCCAUAAAGGAAGGGAAGCUCACACAGACCACAGGAUGUAAUUUUCAUGUGGUUUCAUUCUUUAAUUGUUUGGCUGUCUGCUUCCAUGGUCGAAUGGACUUCUCUCUCAUCUGGGAUACCUUUCCCUUGUUUUCAGACAAAUUUUUGUUGUAUGGUCACUGUUUUUUCUUUGCUUCUUCAGUGAUAUUAACAGUCUGUUUAAUGACUAUCUCUCAGUUUAGUUUUACUGUCUGUUCAUUACCUGCACAUUCUUUCAUUGCCCAAUUUGCCUGUUUACAGGAACUGUAUCUCAUUUUGCAAUAUGGUGAUGCAUUUUUUGUCUUUGUUGAUUUCUUUCACGUUCAGUGACAUUUUUGCUGUCGUUAGCAUAUCCCUCUCUCCAUUUAGGGUCCUUUUUCCUUUACCAGGCAACAGUUUUCCUUUACGUGGUUGUUUUAUUCUGUGCUGACUUUUUACAGUUUAAUUGUCUCCUUUCAUUGUUAAGCAAUCCAUUUGUUUAUUCAUGUGUCUACUCCCUCUGGCACUCAUUUUUUCCGUGUAAUACUAUUGCUGUCACUUUGUAAUGUAAUACUUGCUGUGUUUGCUUUACGUUGCUUGUAAUUGACACUGCAGUAGCUAAGUACCCUCACUGUACAGAGAAUCUUUCAUUCCACAGUGUAGUGGGCAUUAUUACCACCUUUCUUCUGUGCCAGAUCAGGACUCGAACUUGAACUUGGAAGUCCACCUUUAGGGGGCAGUGCUCUUACCGACUCGUCUUAUCCAGGGACGAGUCACAGUCUGGUGUCUUGAUCCCCAAGUAGCACAAUCGGCAAGAGUAGUGUUAACAGAAGGCAAGAUGCCAGUUUCUAGUGCCAGACAAGCAAACAGUUUUCACUUCCUGGAAAGUCUGUAGCUAGUAGUUUCAUUGUGUCACCGUUUCCAAUUUGAGAACUACAUUAUUUUAGUCACAAUGUGUGUGUUAAACAGCUAAGAAAUUGUAAGUCAAUAAAUACUUCGAUUUUAAAGUGUAAUCCAAUUUGCACAAUUUGUAAGUCAAUGUUGUCUGUGUCACAAAAAGUAUGGAUUCAUUUUCAGACAUUUUUGCACUUCUAGCAUUUUGUGAUAAGUAAAGUUACAUUCUAAGCAGACUACAGAGGUUGACUUGAAAGAGCAUAAUAGAUGUUUGAAUGAGUUUUGCUUGUUUCUUGUAUCAUUUGAUAAGAAAACUAUCAGUUGUCUAAUUGUAUACUGCCAAUAUAUACUUUCGCCAUUGUGUUUACUAGUUUAUUUUUGCGUAUCAAAAGUAAUGUGUAAAUGUUUCAGUUGAAAUAUUUUAAACCAGAAUUCAGCUGGUUAUGAGAACUAAUGUAACAAACACAUGUGAGAGCACCUUGUGGUGUUCUCUCUAUGUCGCUCACCAACCUGGUGACUGAGGCAAGACACAGAUGCGUCCAACAUACAUUAGUACUCUGACGGGGUGCAAUGGGCUCUCAUGUAAUGUACAUACACUCGCUUAUCGUCAAGACAAUACAGUGACUGUAAAUGGGAAGUCACAACUGUUUCAGUCAUUGUUAAAUGACAAGGGACAGUGAAGAAAAUGUUCUGUUUGAAGUGUAUUUUAAACAAAACAACUUCUUAAUUAUUAAUCCAUGCUGAUGUGAGCUUCAUUCUUUAUUGUGUGUGUUCAUUUGAAAUUAUUGAGGUGUGUAAUUUCACAAACUAGGAAGUAUAUUCAAGCUCUAAAAAUGUAGCUACAGUUAUAAAAAUUCAGUUAACAAGCUGAUGCUUCAAAAUUUAAAAACACAAACACAAGAUGUAACAAUAUUAGAGGAGGAAAGUUGCUGCUCACCAUAUAACGGAGAUGCCGAGUCCCACUACAAAAAGAUUCACAUAAGUAUAGCUUCCAGCCAUUAAGGCCUUUGUCACCAAUGCACACAAACGCGAGCGCGCGCGCACGCACACACACACACACACACACACACACACACACACACACACACACACACACACACACACAAACGAAACUUGCACACACACAUCUGCAGUCUCAGAUAACUGAAACCAUGCUGCUAGCAGCAGAACCAGUGCAUGAUGUGUGUCUAUUGCUGACAAAGGCCUUAAUGGCCAAAAGCUAUACUUGUGUGAAUCUUUUUGUUGUGCCUAUCGCGACUCAGCAUCUCCACUAUAUAGUGAGUAGCAACUUUCCUUCUCUAAUAUUGUUACAUUUCAUCCUGAAUUUUCCAUUGUUUGAUUUUUGCCAAACACAAGAUGUGUAGAUAGAACAUAAUAACAAUUAAAGAAACGGUAGUGAGGAGUGCAGCUGCCAAGAGAAAAGGUGAGAAGACCAGGUGUAGACAUUUUUAAAGGCUUAUCCUGGAGGUAUAGCGAUGUACACAUAAGAAAGCAGGUGUGUGAUGAGUUCUGUACAGAGAGAAAACAGCCCUCAUACAUGCUCGGGAAACUUUUACCGUCGAUUCUUAAUUUAAUAAUUGUUGUGUCUGCUUGGUGCCGAAUGUAAUGAACACUACAGUGGCUAUGUAUUGUACCUAACUAACAAGGAAAUUGACACUAAAGGUUUUAUGUGUGUCCUCCAAAGACGUGCUAUAGAUGCGACAGGAUUGUACUGUCAGCUGGAGCAUUCCAUGGUACCCUGCACAUUGUCUCCCUCACUUGCCUUGUUAUCUAAGAACUAGAACAUCGCCCGUACUCAGAAAAAUGGAUCUCUUAAUGUAGAGUGCUGUAGCAAAUAUUGUGUGUGGUGUGUGUGUGUGUGUGUGUGUGUGUGUGUGUGUGUGUGUGUGUGUGAGAGAGAGAGAGAGAGAGAGAGAGAGAGAGAGCACUGUCACGAUGUUAUCUUAGGAAUGAUGUCCAAUCAGAGGUCACUGGGCGACAGUUGUUUUUGAAGCAUUUUGUAAAAGGAAGAAUUGCUAUAUUUUUAACGUACUUGCAUUUUUUACAGUAUGUUGUUAUGUGGUUUUGAUAUUUAAGUAGUUCUUAAGGUAGCUUUUUAUUGGCAACUAUUUUGUAAAUAAUGGUGUGACUGAUUUGUCAGCCAUGUUGCUUUUCAUCUGUGUUUCAUUCAGUAAACUGCUGCUGUGAUUUUACGUAAACCAGUUUUUAGUCAUUCUUUCUAGACAAGAUGAGUUAUGACUGAGUCUAAUGCAAAUUAAUUUCUGAUUUUGUUUGUUAUUUAUGUCUUAAUUUAAAUUGAUCAGCUAUAUUAAUAGUAUGUUGUUUAUUUAUAUUUUUGUAUAUUUGUACAUUUUUCUUUUUUACUGGGUUUGCUUAAUCUUCAUGAAAUACUUCCAUGUAAAAAUGUCAUGUUGUAACAUAUAUGCUCAAUAUUUAGCCAUUUACAUGUAUUACCAUGAGGAUUGAUGUGUAGUUGUGUAAAAUAAUCAUCUUACAUUUGGCCUAGCAAAUGUCAUAUUGAAAAUGUGUACAGAACACGUUUGUAAUUGAAUGUUUCAUAUUAUUGUUGUAUUAUUUGUGUUAAUUUACCAGUAGAAAUAUUGUUCCCAUUUUCUUUCUUCUUUUCCUGUGAUAUGUAUCUUCAGCAUUUCAGUGAGAUCCUUCAAUUCUGUGCAUGCCUGUGUUGUUAAGACUUGAUAAAAAUAUGUUUUAGUUCAUUGUGCAUAUCUGAGUUGUGAAAACUGUGCAUAUAGUUAAUAUGUGUCUUAUAUAUCUUUAAGUGUUAUAUAAUGUGUACUUCUUGUGUCUAUACCUGUUUCCUUGUGCUUCAUGUAUCAGAAUCAUUAGUCUGCCAUUAAGCUGUUCAACAAACGGCAAAUCAUUCAUUGUAUCGUGCAAUUUGUAUAAAAGAUUUUGUAAAUUA